AAUCUUAAAUCCCAUAUGCUAACACAUACUCUACAGAAACCUCAUAAAUGUGCCCAGUGUGGAAAAGAAUUGACAAGAUCCUCAGAACUUAAACAGCACAUGCUAAUACACACUGGAGAGAAGCCUCAUAAAUGUGCCCAGUGUGGAAAAGCAUUUAAAAGACCUUCACAACUUAAACGUCACAUGUAUACACACACUGGUGAGAAGCCUCAUAAAUGUGCCCAGUGUGGAAAAGGUUUCUCACUUCUUUCAACUCUUAAAACCCACAUGCUAACACACACUGGAGAUAAGCCUCAUAAAUGUGCCCAGUGUGGGAGAAGUUUCUCACUUCUUUCAACUCUUAAAACCCACAUGUGUACACACACUGGAGAUAAGCCUCAUAAAUGUGCCCAGUGUGGAAAAGGUUUCACACUUCUUUCAACUCUUAAAACCCACAUGCUAACACACACUGGAGAGAAGCCUCAUAAAUGUGCCCAGUGUGGGAGAAGUUUUUCACAAGUUUCAAAUCUUAAAUCCCAUAUGCUAACACAUACUCUACAGAAACCUCAUAAAUGUGCCCAGUGUGGAAAAGCCUUUUCAAGAUCCUCACAACUUAAACGUCACAUGUGUACACACACUGGAGAGAAGCCUCAUAAAUGUGCCCAGUGUGGAAAAGGUUUCUCACUUCUUUCAACUCUUAAAACCCACAUGCUAACACACACUGGAGAUAAGCCUCAUAAAUGUGCCCAGUGUGGGAGAAGUUUUUCACAAGUUUCAAAUCUUAAAUCCCAUAUGCUAACACAUACUCUACAGAAACCUCAUAAAUGUGCCCAGUGUGGAAAAGAAUUGACAAGAUCCUCACAACUUAAACAGCACAUGCUAAUACACACUGGAGAGAAGCCUCAUAAAUGUGCCCAGUGUGGAAAAGCAUUUAAAAUACCUUCAAAACUUAAACAUCACAUGUGUACACACACUGGAGAGAAGCCUCAUAAAUGUGCCCAGUGUGGAAGAAGUUUUUCACAAGUUUCAAAUCUUAAAUCCCAUAUGCUAACACAUACUCUACAGAAACCUCAUAAAUGUGCCCAGUGUGGAAAAGAAUUGACAAGAUCCUCACAACUUAAACAGCACAUGCUAAUACACACUGGAGAGAAGCCUCAUAAAUGUGCCCAGUGUGGAAGAAGUUUUUCACAAGUUUCAAAUCUUAAAUCCCAUAUGCUAACACAUACUCUACAGAAACCAGUGUGGUACCCAGUGUGGAAAAGUGUUUAA